AUGGCUGGGGCAGCACCGCGGACAGUCCUCAUCUCGGGGUGCUCCUCAGGAAUCGGCCUGGAAUUGGCCACAAAGCUGGCCCAUGACCCAAGACAGCGCUAUCAAGUGGUGGCCACCAUGAGGGAUCUGGGAAAGAAGGGGGCGCUGGAGGCAGCUGCUGGGGAGACUCUGGGGCACAGCCUCAUCGUGGCCCAGAUGGAUGUGUGCAGUGAUGAAUCAGUGGCCCAGUGUCUCAGCGGCAUCCCAGGAGGGGACGUGGACGUGCUGGUAAAUAAUGCAGGUGUGGGCCUGGUGGGGCCCCUUGAAGAACUCAGCCUGGCAGCCAUGCAGAGCACCUUUGAAACUAACUUUUUCGGGGCCGUCCGUCUGGUCAAAGCUGUGCUCCCCGGCAUGAAGAGAAGACGGCGGGGCCACAUAGUGGUAGUCAGCAGCGUCAUGGGACUGCAGGGUGUCGUAUUUAAUGAUGUCUACGCAGCCUCCAAGUUUGCCCUGGAAGGAUUCUUUGAAAGUCUGGCUAUCCAGCUGCUGCAGUUCAACAUCUACAUUUCCCUGGUGGAGCCAGGCCCAGUUGUCACUGCCUUUGAGAAGAAGAUUCUGGAGCAAGCAAGCUCCAGGGAGUGGGCGGACACAGACCUUGACACUCGCCACUACUUCCGGGACCUCUACCUCCCGGCCUCCAGUGAACUCUUCAGCUCUGUGGGGCAAAGCCCCAGGGAAGUGGCUCAGAUCAUUGUGAAGAUCAUCGGCUCGACCAGCCCUCCCCUCCGUAAACAAACCAAUGCCCGGUAUCUCCCUCUGACGGCGCUUAAAGCCCUGGACCCCACCGGUCACCUCUAUGUGAGCGCUGCCCAUCGCCUGCUCUUCCGCUGGCCUCGCUUGCUCAGACUCUGCCUCAGGUGUCUGGCCUGCAGCUGCCUCCCCAGGGGCCGUGUAAGGCCAGACCGAGAAGAGGCUGAACAGCCGGGAGACCUCAAUGCAACCCCAGCUUGA